UAUUCAGUUUCAUCCUCUUUUUAGUCCUCACAAGAUUUGAAACCUAUUCUUAUUUAUUCCGUCUUUAGAUUUCUACUACUGUUUUCCUCUUGUUAUUCAUUUUUCAAUUGUUACCAAGUUUAGUUCUGAUUUUCUAAUACGUGGCAAGUGCUAUAGUACACAAGUGUGAAAAGAUAGCAUAGAAAUUUAAUGAUAAACACUAAAAAAACUUAAAAGACUUCAAAUGGAAUGGAUUAUAUUAUUGACUUCCCCACAUAUGGUAAAAGAAAGACAUGAAAUGGGAGGAAAUAUUUUAUCUUUAAAUUUAAGAGUAAAAAUAAAAGAAAAAAAAAAACUGUUUAAGAUAAAAUAUUCAAGAACUUGGUUUAAGAUAAAACUUUGUGAGCCAAGAAAUGGGCCUACACAAAUACAUAUAUUUUUGAAAAGAGCGCCAAAGAAUUUGGCGGUUUUCUCUUCCUGUGUUAAACGACGUCGUAGCGGGUAUACACCGAGAUUCCUGUACGCCCAAGCCCAUCGUCGUUAUUCUUCGUCUUCUUCCUUGGGCAACGUGAUCAGGGUUUUACACCUCUGUGAAUCCCAUUUUUCUUCUCCCGUCGCCAUGGACUCUCUUGGGAGACUGCAACACUGCCACCACUCCCUUCACCUUCCCCUGGACCACUUACCGUGGUUUUCAAAACCAGUAUCUAAACUUAGCUUCAGAACCCGGCUGUCAGUACAGUCGCCGUCGUUCAAAUCAUCAUCCAUCAGAGCAUUUUCCCCAUCCCUGUCGUCCUCCUCUGACUCAGUUUUCCAAACUCCGCGACGGACGAGGCCCUCGUUUCCCCAAAUUCUAGACCCCAUUUCCUCAUCAAUCCUCAAAACCACCUGCGUUACUUUCACCGCGGUCGCCGCUUUGUUUUUUAUGCGGUUUUGCGGGAAACGUGCUAUUGCAGCUCCUAUUCCUCCGCCUACGGUGGAACCUGUGAAGGAAUCGACGGAGGACGAAGCUUCUCAUGAAGAAAAAGAGAGGGUACUUGAAGAACAAUUGGUGAAAAAUCCAAAUGAUGUUGAAGCUCUUCGAUCGCUCAUGGAGGUAAGAGUUAAGGCUCGGAAGUUUCCUGAAGCUGUUAAAAUUCUAGACCGUUUAAUUGAACUUGAGCCCGAUGAUUUAGAAUGGCUAGUGUUGAAGGCCAACGUUCAUAGUCAUGUGGGUAACUCUGAAUUGGCGAGAAAGGAGUUUGAGAAAAUUUUAGUGAAGGAUCCUUUUCAGGUUGAGGCCUAUCAUGGGCUUGUAAUGUUGACAGAGACAUCAGAUACUGAUUCAUUGAAGGCGAUUCUGAAAAGGAUUGAAGAAGCAGUGGAACAUUGCAAGAAACAUAAAGGGAAGUCGGAGGAAAGGGAUUUUAAGCUUUUGAUAGCUCAGAUUAAAGUUAUGGAAGGAAGUUACUCUGAAGCAUUGAAAGAUUACCAGGAACUUGAGAGGGAAGAACCGAGGGAUUUUAGGCCAUACUUGUGUCAGGGAAUUCUUUAUUCUCUGCUUAGGAAGAAUGAUGAGGCUGAGAAGCAAUUUGAGAUAUUUCGAAGGCUUGUUCCAAAGAACCAUCCCUACAAAGAAUAUUUUGAUGAAAACAUGUUUGCAACCAAGCAUUUCGUACAGCAGUUUGAGAGGGAUGCAGCAGCUUCGAAUAAUUGAUUGUCUUUUUAAUAAUAACUUCAUAACUUUCUGGUUCUAUGCCUGAUGGUUUUGUUGCUUCAUCGUUGUAAUCUAGCUCCAGUUUUUGUCAAAUUUGGUUGAAAUUAAGGGAUGGAAGGUAAAUAUGUUGUUAUUCCCAUGUUAUGGAGUUUGAUGAAUGUAGUUUAACUGAAGUUGCUCUCUGGAUCCCAUUUUUCACACUGCACAUGCCUUGGUGUAUUGAAUUGCAUAUGUCUAAUCAAAGUACUUUUUAGUAGGUGAACUUCCUCUAUCCAUGAUGGAUUUUAGUGUGAACGAAAUGUACAACCCUGAAAAAAAACCAAUGUGUUUUGGAUCCGGUUAGAUAAGUUUCUGGCUUGUUCAAAGGUGUAUCAUUUUGUAAGUUUGAACUUUGAAUUUCUUUUUUAAAUCUUAACUAGCUGGACAUUAAAUUUGACUGCAGCUCUGUAUCUUCUUUCUAAUAGGCUGACUGAUGAAUAUAAUGAAUUGCUGUUCUUCUUUCAUUAUUGUUUCUUCCACUAGCAUUGAUGGUUGGGCCAUUAGUUCUGAUUAAUGAAAGGAUGGACUGGUAGUUCUGUUUUCUUUCUUCUUAUCGAUCAUUUUAGAUCUACUUCUAAUUAGUACACAAGAGUUUAGUACUCUUAAAGGACCCUUGAAAAACACCAGAUUACUCUUUAAAUUAGUCCGAUUGGAAGUUGAAUGCCAAUGUGUCGUGGAAAUUUGAGAAGCAUUGUGGUGGAGUGGGAUGAGUGGUUUGUGAUUCUCUUGGAUCUCUUAUUCGUUUCGCGGUUUGUAAGUUUGCUCAAGAAUGGUCCAUCAAGUUGGAAGCCCAAGCGAUUAUUAAGUGCCUCAACUUUCUUUUCUUCUAUUGAUAUCUGCCUCCCUUUCCAUUGUGGUUGAAUCUGAUGUUAGGGAGGUUGUGGAUUUGAUUAACAUCUGCUCUUCAGAUUUCAUUGAGGUGAAAAAUUCGGUUGACAACAUUGGUGCUUUGGUGAGGUGUUUGGGAGUUGUCUUCUUCUCAUUUUGCCUCCAUGCUGGGAUUGAGGUUGCUCAUUGUGUUGCUUGUAAUGCUACUGGUUUUUCAAAUUCUUUUAGUUUUUGUUCAUUUCUUCCCAUUCCAAAGAUUGAGUGAGAAGUUGGGUUUCUAAUUUUUUUUUUAUUAAAUUCAUGACGUUAUUAAUAGUGAUUUUUCUUAUUCUCGGUGUCAAGGGCUUUUCUUUACGUUAUGAUCUUGUUAUUAUGCUCCAUUUCCAAUUAGUGUUUAUUAUUAUGCCUAACUUUAUCAAAAAGGAAGGCUUUAGAUUUGAAAGUUGAAAUGGAGCUCUUGUUUGCUUUUUGAAUGUUUUAGGUCAUCUCCUACUUUCAACUUUUGUGGCUGUAUGUCUCUUUCAUGCACAACAUAGCCCGUAAUAUCUGCCCUUUUAAAUACUGAACUUAAUUUUCACCCAUGAAAGGACUUUUGCCUCUUUUUCAUUUCACUUUUACAUUUUGAAGUGAAAUACAUACACACUUGUUUGAUGUGGAUUCUCAGAGAAUAGUGUUCAAAAUUUGUUGGGUUUUUAAAAAUGAAGGUCCAGUUUUAUUUAUGUCAUGUCGCAUUAAUUCAUCUGGACCAUGCAGUUGCAGAAGGUAAAGUACAAGUGGAGGCUUGGAGGCCAAGAAUUACCCUCAGGAUACGACACAGAGGAUCAAGUGGAUGGCCUUGAAAUUGGAUUCGGAGUGUGUUUGGCUUAGAAAGCGACUGUAUGAAAUAGAAAGGAAAAAUGUUGACUGCCUUGUUUGUCACGCAUAUAAUCCGAAGAAAAAAAGGUGACUAAAUCCAAUCCGAAAUUCCAUGGCUGGGAACUGGGAUUUGACCUCAAAGAUGAUGCUCCAGUCCACUCUAGGCGAAUUUACCUUUUUAUCUUUUUAGUUCAUUAUCACUACAUUUGUCUCCUUCAAAACAUUUCAAAUGUACAGUUUUCUCUUCUUUCUACAUUAUCUGCAUUUAAUUUUUGUACCUUCUAGAUUUGAAACAUUGGAGCUACAUUUUGCAUUUUUAUUUAGAUCUGAAUUCAUUUUUGAAAAUGGAUUUCAAUGAUAGAUUCUCACCACUAGAAAGUAGCAGAAUAUAAUUUUACUGUUUCUCUAUUUACUUCCAUUGCUAACUUUUUUCUUGAACAUUGUAACUGGAACGUAAUCCGUCAUGGUAAAGUAAAAAGUGGACUCCAAUUGAUUA